AUGUACAAUAUUGCUGUUGUUGGAUGUGGCGUUGUAGGAAUUACAUCAGCUCUGGCAAUACAAAACAGAGUGAAGAAAUGUACAGUGACAAUAUACGCUCAUGAAGUUAGCCCAAAUACAACCACAGACAUCGCUGGAGGCUUAUGGGAACCAUACCUAUUGCAGGAAACACCAGAAGAAAAAGUUGCGGAAUGGUCUAAAACAACAUAUGACUAUCUUCUUCGAUUAUGGAUUCAGGGCAAAGCUGGUGAUGCUGGAAUAUGUCUGCAGCCAGUAACUACUGCAACAGAUAAUGAGAACUAUCAACGCCCCAAUUGGUUAGAUUCAACUCUGGGACACACUAUGAUGUCAGAAGGAGACCUGAUGAUGUUAUCCAAACGUUAUGGUACAGAGCUAGUUGGUGGAGUGACGUUCAUGUCUUUCAUGUGGGAGGGAGCUACCUUACUACCAUUUUUGCAAAAAGAAUUCAUAGAUAAUGGAGGCAACAUUGUUAUGAAAUACAUUGAGGAUAUCGAAGAACUAUCAGGCUAUGAUGUGGUGGUGAACUGUACUGGAUUAGGAGCCAAUAAAUUAAUGGGUGACACGAACGUGAAACCGAUCAGGGGACAAAUUAUAAAAGUGAGAGCUCCGUGGAUAUUCCAUUCUUUCCUGAUAGACAGUGAAAAGUCAGGAUACGUUCUGGGAAACAAAAAUUUCGUUAUCUUAGGUGGAACUAGGCAACAUGACGACAGCACCAAAGUAGAUGACGAUGACAAGAAUAACAUAUUGAGGAAUUGCUCGAAGCUUGUGCCCUCUAUAAAGUCUGCAGAAAUUAUAGAGCAUCAGGUUGGCUUGAGGCCAGCGCGCAAUAAGGUUCGAUUGGAAGCCGAAAUUAAAAGAAACGGGGAUAAUGAGGUGAGGAUAGUACACAAUUAUGGACACGGAGGAGCUGGAAUUACACUCUCAGUAGGUUGUGCAGAAGAGGCAGCAAAAUUGGUGGAACAGAUGUUGACGGAAAAAUAUAAGAGUAAAUUGUGA